AUGUCAGUAAACACUUAUCCCCUCCCAUCAUCUCAGUGUGUCACUUUCUUUUCAGUGGAAGACAGAGGACAGAGAGUAGCGGCACACUGGAUCUCUCACAGAACAGCACAGCAAGAGGCUGAAACAGCAUUUAAGGACCAGUUCCCAGAGAGAGGGGAGAUUCUAGUCUCAGCCCAGGACUUGAAAUUGGUUCUACAAGUUGAACGAAAUCAGGAGCUCCUGGGUCACGACUUCACUGAAACUCACUACGAGAAUGGCCUCCCUGUCACCCAAACCAGCAGUCACACUGAUCAUUGCUUCUAUCACGGGAGGGUCAGAGGUCAUGCUGAAUCUUGGGUCGCUCUGAGCACAUGUUUGGGAAUGAGAGGUUUGAUUGUCUUGAACUCAAAUGAUACAUACUACCUGGAGCCAAUCAGAGGCCAGGAGGUUCUCCACCACACUUUCUAUCGCACUGAAGACCUGCCGAUCAAAACCGGCACCUGUGGACACAGCCAUCAGACUGGACACAUCAGCCUGUUCAGUGGUCACCUUAAACCUUUGCAUCAAAGGGUUAGACGAAAUGCCUGGGGUACUACAAAAUACAUGGAACUCUAUAUAGUAGCUGACAACACACUGUACAGAAAGCAAAACAAGGACCUUUACAAAACUAAAAUGAGGAUAAUGGAAAUUGCUAAUUAUGUAGAUAAGUUCUACAGAGACUUGAACAUCCGUGUACCUCUGAUUGGUCUAGAGGUUUGGACUGAACAUGAUCAGUGCAUCAUCAAUGAGGAGCCAAAUUCGACUCUUUGGUCCUUCCUUCAGUGGAGACAGAAACUUAAAUCCCGCAAGAAACAUGACAAUGCCCAACUACUCACUGGUGUGAUUUUCAAGGGCACCACCAUUGGCAUGGCUCCGCUGGAGGGCAUGUGCAGUCAUGAGAACUCGGGAGGCAUCAACGUGGAUCAUUCUGAAUUGCCCAUUGGGGCGGCUGCCACCAUGGCACAUGAGAUCGGUCAUAACAUUGGCAUGAGCCACGACCAUGAGGGCUGUUGCGUGGAGGCCACAGCGGAGCAGGGUGGAUGUGUCAUGGCGGCAGCUACAGGGCACCCCUUUCCAAAAGUUUUCAGUCGCUGUAGCAAAAAAGACUUGGACAACUACUUCCAGAAGGGAGGAGGAAUGUGCCUGUUCAACAUGCCCAACAUGAAGGAUCUGGUCGGUGGCAAGAGGUGUGGAAACGGCUUUGUAGAGGAAGGGGAGGAGUGUGACUGUGGAGAACCAGAGGAGUGCACCAAUGAUUGCUGCCACCCCAGCAAUUGCACUUUGAAGGUGGAUGCUCAGUGUGCCCACGGGGUCUGCUGUGAGGACUGCAAGCUGAAGCAGGCCGGCACUAUGUGCCGUGGAGCAGCUGGUGCCUGUGAUCUGCCGGAAUACUGCACGGGAGGUUCUCCCUAUUGCCCCUCUAAUGUUUACCUCCUGGACAGGUCAUCGUGUCAGCAUGGCCGUGCCUACUGCUAUAAUGGCAUGUGUCUGACCCAUGAACAGCAGUGCCUGCAGCUGUGGGGUUAUGGUGCGCAGCCGGCACAUGACGCCUGUUUUCAAGAUGUGAAUGCGGCGGGGAAUGCCUUUGGAAACUGUGGCAAGGACAGUAAUGGCAACUACAUGAAGUGUGAGAAAAGUGAUGCCAAAUGUGGUAAGAUACAGUGCCACAGUGCUGCCAAGAAACCAAAGGGCACCAAUGCUGUGUCCAUAGACACCACCAUCCGUACAGAUGGCAUCGAGGUGAAGUGCCGGGGCACAUAUGUUUACAGCACCCAAGAUGGGCAGGGCGAUCUUCCAGACCCUGGACUGGUCAUGACGGGCACCAAGUGUGGAGAGGGGAAGGUGUGCAAAGAUCGACAGUGUCAGAAUGCCUCUUUUACUGAGUUACAAACCUGCAUUGCCCGUUGCCAUGGGCAUGGGGUGUGUAACAGUAAUGGGAACUGCCACUGUAAGCGUGGGUGGGCUCCCCCCUUCUGUGAGAAACCAGGACUUGGGGGAAGUGUGGACAGUGGACCUGUACAGUAUGACAGUCAGGUGGGAUUGGUUGUUGGGCUGCUCUUUGCUUUUCUAGUUAUACUCCCUGCUGUACUUAUUGCCUUCUACUGCAUCAAGAUAAAAAGCUCCUACUACCACAAGUGGAGAACACAGAGAGAGAAGAGCAAAGCCAGCAGAAAUGAGGGCUCCGUUGAAAAGGGGAAGAAUGGACACCUAAACCCUGCUUUCCAUCUGAAGGUUGUGGGACCCUCCAACAGAAGUGUUAAUCUUAAGCUUCCUCACACCAGCAAGGAGGUGCUUCCUCUGAGGCCAAACCCAGCCUCCAACAGUACUCAGCCAGUUAAUAUUGUCCGUCCUCUCCGGCCGGCUCCGUCGCCAUCCCUGAGCAACAUCAAAGGACCUCGACCUCCUCCGCCUAUCAGCAAGCCACCCAAAUCUGUAGCAUCACCCCAGAAACUCAGUCCUCCCAAGAAGCCUCUACCCCUCAACCCUUCACGCUCACCACUGAAGGUAUCAGAACAACAGCCUCGACCCCCGUUCACACCCCCCCAGAGGCCUCUUCCUCUCAGCCCUGCUCGUGGAGCACAGCCCAAACCCUCUGGUGGGGGGCUCAUGGUGAUGAUGCCCCCUUCAGUCGGACCCAAGCCUGUGGGAAAGGUGACUGCUGUUCCCCCUUUAAAGGCAUUCCGACCUGUUUCUGGACCCAAACCAAUCAUAGUUCCAUCCACUUUCCGAAAAUGACGCUUGCAGGAUUAAUUUCUUAAAGACUUCAGCCAGCCUAUUUGCACUAAAUAAGGACCCUUGGCGACUGGUACUAUAAUGAGCUGUCUCAUAAGGGAUGGAAGAGCAUGGUGCUAGGGCCCUGGAUAAGGCCUCGCAAACCGGCGUUCAAAUACAGCCGGCACAGCAGAGAUGACGUGGUUUUGCAUGAAAACAUGCAGACUGAGAAAGUUUUGGAUAGACUAUCACAUUGCCAAAACCUUGACUUUUUAUCACCUUGUAAUUUUUUUGUACUUAUUUGUUUUAAUAUCAUGCCUCUGUCUUGUUUACACUUUUUGUUUGACUAUCAUCUAUUUGUCAAGUGCCAAAGAUGUUGU